CCCAACUUGUGGCCCUGGCUGUUUCUACUUUCGCAGGCAUCGUCGAUAGGCUAAAAAUCGUUUCUUACUUCAUUACGAAGUUUAUGUAGAGGUUACAGUUAUGUUUGGUUAUACUGCUGAUGUGAGCUCAUGGCUCCUAUCACUGGUGCGCGGGGACAACAGUCUUUGUAAAUAACUGCGCCAUACAGCUGAGGGAGGGCCAUCUGCGGAUGCUAUUUGUGCUCUCGGCAGGGGGCAGAGAGAGCUGGCCCAGUGCAGCUGCUGGUGGUUCCUGCCCUGUGCUGAACAUGGAGACCUCGCCUCUUCCACCUGAAAGGUCGCUGCCCCUGGCGCAGCCCUUCCUCUGCCGCCAUGGCCACGAGCCGUCAUCACUGAAUGCCUCCUCGAUGCACAGGCAUGCUGAUGCAAGGUCAUCCCUAUGGCUGAUAUGGCUGCGCAAGUAUGUCAUCCUCUGCCUGGUGUGCGGUGGCUCUGCUGUCUUUGUUGGGGUGCUAUUCAUUGCUAUCUACUUCACUCUGAAGUCGUACACUUCGUCCCUGCAGUUUUUCGAGACCAUACCCACCUAUGUACCUGCUGCGGUGCUAAUUCUCACGGGACUUAUGGUUAUGUGCUUUGCCAAACGUAGAAACCGGUACACUUACCUGGUGAAGUUUGCUGGUGGCUGCUGCCUCACCUGUGUGCUCCUCUGUGUGGUCAUCACGGUCACCACCACAGUGGUGCACAUGAACCGGCUGCAGACGCUACACAAAUGUGACUACUCAUCUAAGGACAGGGCCUGCAUGUGCUUGUCGGCUAUUGCAGAGUCGCCUGCUCAGGAUGGGGAGCACCAGUUUGUAUUCAAUGACACGCCCAGCUGUGAGGUGGUGCACGGCAGCCUCUAUGGCUGUCUGCGUGCACUUUUUGGCCUCUCAGUGGUUGGCAUCCUAGUGUGUAUCUUCUCCUCCAUGCUUGUCUACCAGCUGCUCAGCCACGAGCGCAAGAAGGUCUACCUCGAACAGCUGGAGCUUCGUCGAAGGCUGCUGUACCGCCGUCAUCCCAAUCACGGCCUCUGUGCCUGCUAUGGUGAUAUGUGCCACCCAUGGCCCUUGUGGGACAUGCUUGACUACCGGCUGCUGGCACCGCAGCAGCAGGGUUCGCACGAUCGCCCCAGCCCUGAAGAGCUUAUCAGUGUCGCUGGCCCCUCGCGGAGUCGCACAGCUGCUCUCCGCCGCCGCCGGCCGCCACUCUGGUGGCUGCCAUGGACGCGUCGUGGCACUCGCUCCUCUUCGUCGCAGCCUGGUUGCAACGCGGUUGAGCGGCUGCUUGUUAGAGAUGGCUGGCGCUGCAGCUCACCUGCUGAGCUCGUGGGCCCUCCCGGCAGUUCGCCGAGCCCUUGGCGCAACGGCUGUACCCAUGGUGGUGGUUCACGUGCAGCUGAAGCCCGGGGAGUGUCAUCACGCAGUGCUGCGGCAGCAGUGCGUGCUGCACACCGGCGUACACGGUCCAAUGAUGGAGUGUUCCACCAUCUCCAGAUGAACCCCCGGUAUGGUCCUCAGUCAUUCCCCGACCCACCGUGCAGCUAUACAGAGAUCCCUGCAUACCUGUGGGGUCCGCCACCGCCCUACUCACAGCCGCCGUCUCUGGAAGACGUGGCAUGUCUCGGUGGGGAAAAUUCUCCACCGGAAGCAAGCCACUGCAGUGUAGCAGAAGGUGCACUCCAGGGCGAAGGCUGCUCCUCCAAGAGAAGCACUCCAUCAGCCGAGAGGCAUGUUGUGGUCACCAUUGGCGGUGACUUCCCAGAGGUGCACUGCCGGGCGACAACAACGGCACGCGACGGGAAGCAUAGAACAACGGGGAGCAGCUCAUUCAUUGUUGAGGUGCCUUGCUUUCUUCACAAGGGGGGUCUGGUGUUCCACACUUUGCCCGCUCGCAGUCGGCGCAAGCGGCAACCAAGCCCAUUCAAGUCCUUGUCAAACAUUCCACUGUGCAUAUCAAGGAGGCUAAGUCUUUUGCGGCAUGAAAACAUUCGCAAUGGUGGAAGCCUUGCAUUCCUCCGUGGCAGGAAGGCAUCAGCCUUAGAGUGGCCGGAAGAGAACACCAUAAUCUCUGAACUUGGCCACACAAUUCGCGUCAUCUGUGAGAAGCCUCCUAAGCAGACGUCCAUUGAGGAGAGCAGCAACAAUGCCACGGAAACAGCCACACCAACUGUUGUGACGCUGCCGUUGGAGACAAGCCAGCUUGCGCCCACAACAGAGCCUUCCUGGGUGCCUGUGGCCAGUGUUAAAGUGUUGGCCCCAGUGCAUGCACACUCCAUGCCCAACCUCAGCAUAACAGCGUCGUCGGGUUCCUUGCGUGUUUCGCACCACAAUGAGGAGGAGGAAGAGGACGAGGAAACAUGGACAUCACGAGACUUUGCAGACACCGGCAGUGAUGGUAGCCAGCUCUCAGAUGCCACGUCAGCCCCCUCUAUUCCCGACGAAGAGGAAUAUGUCUACGAGGGGGAGUCUAGUCAGGCCAGCGCAGUGCCUCCGCCAUUGCCACCAAAGUGUCUCACGUGGGGGGAGAGGCGGCAGAGGUAUGUGGUUUUGUCCAAACGUCAAGGCUUGCCGCCUCUGCCCAUGGCCAGGGACCCAGUGACAUUCCUACUCGAGACUGGUAGCUGUUGUGCGUGCCCUUCACAGCCACAGGCACGUGCUGUGGUUCCGCCACCAGAGACAACGUCUGGCUCAACCGCUUGGGGCACAGAGGCUCAGUGGCUGAACAGGCGUUUUUGCAGUGACGACGUGGAAAAUGAAUCGCUGAAUGGCUCACGAUGCUGACGUCCAGCCUCCGCACACCUGUACAGUACACCCUAGCCGGCUUGCACCUGCUUGUUUUAAUGAUGCAGGGGUGCCCCUCCUGUGACUAGAAGUGCAUCAAAAAACAUUUUGCAAGGUACAGUAGUGCAGGUGGCAAUGGCGGCAUGUGUUACGGAUUGUUGACCCUCCACCAACCCUCUUUUUACAGCGUAGGAGCUGAAAGCGUUUCCACCAUGUUGAGCAUGCCAGCACAGUGUUGCCUCCGCCUCUUCCUUGAGUCUCUGUGUGGAUCUUCCAUAUCACAUAUGCUUUUAAGAGAAUUGUAGUACUCCCAACAUGGCGCUUGUUGCAGAUUACUGCAGUGGCACUGUUCUGCAAACUUCCUUGAGUAUUGAAGCAUUUUAACUUUUAACCAAACGUCAGCUUCAAUAAUAUAUUUCUGUAUAGUACUUGAAAAGCUUUUAAUUACAGUGCUGUCACACUGAUGUGCUGCUGCCAGGUUGUUGUUUUGCAGUUUUAAUGAACAACCCCUCACUUUGUUAUACCUGAGUAUUGUGGUGCUUUUUUGCAUUUAUUUACUGUUCAUAAUGUGUAGCAUCCAGCAUAUGCUGUACUUGAUGUUAAUUGUGCUGAUCUGAUGGUGCUUUUAGGAAAUAUGUUGCACUGCUCACUUUUACCUUUCAUUUCAUAAACUAAAGGGACACUUAAGAGAAACACAAAACUCUGUUUAUUCUGAAAAGGUUUUUUUUUUAAAUUGAUUUUUGUUAAUUUCACGGUAAUAGGUUGUAGUAGAAGAGAUAAUUAAAGGGGCCCUGAACCACUCCUCAGGCAUACGCUGCUGUGAACAUCUCGGCCAAGUUUUGCUGUCGUACACGAUGCGUGGAGCUUGUAAGCGGAUUGCGAAGUCGCCUUUCUCUCAACGUUCUAUUUUUAACAGAAGGCUCUGUCCUCAUUCUCUUCCAUACGCUUUAUUUAGUCAUCGUACGCUUUAGUUCAUCAUUUCCUUAGACGGCUACUAUAAUCGUUGAUAGCUGACAUAAAGCUGCGGUUGGCUAACAUGCCAUAGAUACUGCGGCCGCCGCAGGGUGUUGCCAAGAGUCUACUGGCUAAGCGUGCUGUGGCUCGCUGCAGUUAAACAUAAGUUGCGUUUGGCUUAUGUUUAGCACAUCACAGGCACCAAAGGCGGAGCGUUGUGGGCACGGCUCACUGCGCCGUAGUCUUGGCGUUGCAAGGCAUUGAAGAAGCAAUGGGAGCACAGUGGAGGCUGUGUUUGAUUGCCAAUAAUUGCGCCUGUGCUGAAUGCAUUGCAGUACUUUUUGUGGCAAAGUAUUUCUGAAACAGCUUAUAUUCACUUCAAAUGCAUUUCUCCACUUCGAUAAAAAAUGCUUCAGGGCUCCUUUAAUGUCAAAGUUGAAUAUUUUGGAUUUUGUGCUGAAUCCGUGGCACUAGUACAUCUUUGUGAUGGAUUUCAAACUAUUUUCUCUUAUUUGGAGCAAUGUGGCUCUGCAAAAAGCCAUGAAACUUGCUAUGUUCACUAUUUGGGUCUUUAAGGAUACAGUGUAGACCAUUUCAAUGGAUAAAAUGUUGACUAGGCCUGAGCAGAUUCAGUCAAAAUCUACGACUUCAAGGCGGCAUUGCCAUCAUCUUUUAUUUGUCUUUCGUAGCUUACUUGGCCUCCUCUCCUCGUAAGUUUUUUUUUUUUUUUGUAUUUUAGUACGGUAACUGACGAAUACAGCUCAAAUAUCCUUUUCUCUUUAGUGUCCUUUUAAGUACGUUGGAGACUUCAACAUGUACUUUCUAAGGUUACAAGUUACCCGCCAUGGUAGCUUAGUGGCUAUGGCGUUAUGCUGCUGAGCUUGGGGGUUUGAACCCGGCCGCAUUUCAAUGGGGAAAAAAUGCAAGAAUGCACAUGUACUUAGGUUUAGGUGCAGGUGAAAGAACCCCAGGAGGCCAAAGUUAAUCUGUAGUCCCACACUACGGCAUGUGUCACACCAUAGUUUGGCAUGUGAAACUGCAGAAUUAAACAAAAAUGUUAAGGUUACAAGUUUGCUUGAUCCUUUGACAACACCCGGGCAACUUGCAAUAGAGGUUGUGCUAUAAACCAAAGAUACAAUUUGGACGACAAUGUGAAAGUUUUUUAUUCUGACAGCUGCCAGUAAGAGACAGGCAGGUCCAAAGAUCAAUCCUUCUUUACUUGUUUCUGUGUGUUUCGAAGUGAAAGAGCCUUGUACAAGGUGUAUGUGACAGAGAAAAAUGCCACAAACCCCAGCA